AUGAAUUCGUCUUUAACGUUCCAACGUAAAACGUUAAAUCCCGACAUCUUAAUAUCUUAUCGUAGUGGCACACACACGUACGCUGAUCGUAAACGUAGCGAGGAGAUUUGCUCCGCCUCGUUCGAUGGACCUGGUGGAGUACUCGCUCCCGCGUUCUAUCCUUCAAAUGUUGUCAAUUACACCGUUGAAAUACACGUGGAUGCUGCAGAACUGUGGCAUAUAUAUCUAACCGAAAAAUCUGCUAGUAACAAGGAUUAUCUACUUAAUACGUUAACGCAUGAAAUUGGACAUGCAUUAGGAUUAACACACAGUUCGGGUGAAGAUUCCAUAAUGUUCGCUGCUAAUGAUAAGGAUAAAAUCGUUAGACUCAACAUAGAGGACAUUUUAGCCAUUCAACAACUCUGCGGAGAUAAAAAUCCAAAACCAACAACUACACAACCACCGACGUCAACAACAACACCACCACCACCAACUACCGAAAUUACAACAGAUAAACCCGAGUACAUAGAUCUCUGUAGUUUACAAUAUGUAGAUACGAUAUUGGUAUUGCAUCAUCGAAUAUUCGUCACGUACCAACGUUACGUAUGGUCGAUAAAUAUAGAUGAUACAAAAUACGACGGACCAUACAUACUAAACAGCUAUAUGGAUUUCCUUCCGGAGAAUUUCUCCUUCAGCCACGUAUCAAAGACCUUCGGGUGA